AUGGCAACGGCCUGGAGUAGAAGCAGACUCGGUUUACGCGAGUCAUGGCCACUGCACCACCCCCAACAAUACUUCUGCUACUAUCUUCCUCCUGUCUGGCUCAUUAUCAGUCUGGCCUUCUUCUUUCUCAUGGAGGUAUCUGGAGUAGAAACGAGAGUACUCAUGAGCAGCAAGGGGUGCUUGGAGAGGGAGAGGGACGCUCUCUUGCUUUUCAAAGCCGCCAUCAAAGAUCCUUCAGCCCGCUUGUCUUCGUGGCGUGCCCAAAUGGACUGCUGCGCAUGGACUGGCGUCGUCUGCCACAACAGAACGGGCAGCGUACGAGUGGCCGAGCUCAACCUUGGAAAUCCAAAUGAGGGAACCAAUUGGAGGGGGUACAGAUUGAGGGGUGAGCUGCUGCAUCCUUCAUUAUUGUCUUUAAAGCAUUUACAAAGCUUAAAUCUGAGUGGCAAUGACUUUGAGGCCACCCAAAUUCCAACACUCGUUGGUUCUCUUCACCCACUGAGGUAUCUUGAUCUUUCUUACACCAACUACAGUGGAACCAUUCCUCCUCAUCUUGGAAACUUAACUAAUCUUCGUCUUCUUUAUCUCAGCCCAUAUUAUAAUUCUGCCAAAAUUGUUGUCCACAGCCUAGACUGGCUCUCCGGCCUUUCUUCUUUGAAGUUUCUGGACAUGUCGUUUUUGGAUCUCAGCGCUGCCUCCCAUAAUUGGGUAUCAGCAAUCAACAUGUUACCUUCCCUACAACAAUUAAUUCUAUAUGAUUGUAGUCUUAGUAAUAUUAUCCCCCUCCCUCUAAAUUCCCAUCUCAAUCUCACUUCUCUCCUGACUCUUAAUCUUGGUCGGAACAACUUCAACUCUUCUUUUCCCAACUGGUUGUUUAAUCUCACGAGCCUCUCGUCUCUUCAACUUGAUUACUCUGGAAUUCGAGGGGCAUUGCCUAAUGAACUUGGCAACUUAAUCAGCCUAACAUAUCUUGAUCUUUCCUGGAAUUUGCUCCAUGGUCCCCUUCCUGAUGGGCUUAUGAACUUAUCAAGCUUGUCCACACUGAAGUUAAAGAAUUGUUCACUUUCUGGACCAAUACCAAUUGAGAUUGGUAAAUUGUCCAACCUAAAUGUUCUUGACCUCUCUUUUAAUUCCUUUAAGGGUGAAGUUACUGAGCUCCACCUUUCCAACCUAACUAAACUAGUGGUCUUGUCAUUGAUUGAAAACCCCGUCCUUACUAUACCAGUAAAACACACUUGGACCCCUCCUUUCCAGUUACUAAGCAUUAGCUUAGGUAAUUGUAAGUUAGGUCCUGAAUUUCCUGCAUGGCUCCGUUCACAACAAUCCCUCACGGAGAUUAUGUUGUGCGAUACAAGUAUUGAGGGUAACUUGCCUGAAUGGGUUUGGAACUCUUUUUCCAACAUUACUUUUCUAGAUCUCUCGAACAACAAAAUUACUGGUACUUUGCCGGCAUCCUUAGAGAGUUUGAAUAAACUAUCCACUCUAAGUCUUGGUUCAAAUCUACUUGAAGGUCCAAUUCAUCAUUUGCCACCCAGCAUACAUUUUCUAGACCUAUCUUUUAAUGCUUUUUCAGGGCCACUGCCACCAACCUUAUUCAUGCCUCAAUUAAAUGUUAUAUUUCUCUCACAUAAUCAUAUUAAUGGAAGCAUACCAUCCAAUGUCUGUAAUUCUCAUACACUUGAAUACCUCGGCUUAUCAAAUAACAAAAUAUCUGGAGAAAUUCCUCAAUGUUGGCAGGAGGGUUCAUUUCUUAAAUAUAUUCAUUUGGGAAACAAUAUGCUCUCUGGAGAAAUUCCAAGCUCUCUGGGCAACUUGACGAGACUUCAAUUCUUGCACUUGAAUAAUAAUAAUUUAAAAGGUGAUCUCCCAUCAUCAUUGCAAGAUUGCAAACAGUUAGCGAUUGUUGAUCUUGGUAACAAUAAAAUCUCUGGAAAUAUACCUUCAUGGAUUGGACAAAGCUGGCAGCAGUUGCGCAUUCUUCAACUCCGUUCAAAUAUGUUCGAUGGCAAUAUUGAUCCAAAACUUGGCUAUUUGAAGGAUUUGCAAAUUAUUGACCUUGCAAAUAAUAAUUUAUCCGGGCCAAUACCAAAUAAAGCUAAUGGAGGUUGUGCAGAUAUGCUAAAAGAGGAAACGACACAAAUUAUCGUACAGCCUAGACUGGCUCUCCGGCCUUUCGUCGUUGAUGUAUCUGGACAUGUCCUUUUUGGAUCUCAGCGUUGCCUCCCAUAA